AUCUCAUCCCCACUGCCACUCAUUCAGAGCUUAUUAUCCAAUCACCUACACCGAUUGUCCAUCCACGAACGAACCAACACAAGCCACACAUAAGAUGAGCAAAGCAACCCAACCCUCGCACCCCCUCUAUUAAAACACACCUUUCCUAUCUUCUCUUUUUGAUCAUCCCCUUCAAGUUUCAACACUCAAGGCGACCUGCUUGCUAGAACACAUUAUUUCCAUUUCAACUAUCCCAAUUACAAUGGCCACUGUUACCCCCGCCGCCGUUGCAAUCCCAUCAUUCACCGGCCUCAAGUCCGCCGGUGCAUCCAAGGUGAGCAGAGCCGCCGUUAAGUUUGCAGCCUCCCCGAGGAUGUGUGCCAUCAAGUCCUCACUUAAGGAUGUGGGCGUGGCCGUAGCAGCCACUGCAGCAAGUGCAAUCUUGGCAAGCAAUGCCUUGGCCAUUGAGGUGUUGCUCGGCGGCGAUGACGGUUCCUUGGCUUUCAUCCCCAAAAGCUUCUCAGUCAGCCCAGGAGAGAAGAUUGUGUUCAAGAACAAUGCUGGAUUCCCACACAACAUUGUGUUCGACGAGGACGAGAUUCCCAGCGGUGUGGAUGCUGGAAAGAUCUCCAUGAGCGAGGAGGACCUCCUCAAUGCCCCAGGGGAGACAUACGCCAUCACCUUGACUGAGAAAGGUGACUAUGCUUUCUACUGUUCUCCUCACCAGGGAGCCGGCAUGAUCGGCAAAGUCACCGUUAACUAAUUAUUAAUUCAACAUGUUUAUUUCUUCCCCCCUUCUAAAACUUCCUUUUUUGGGAGGUAUUAGUAGAUCGAGCUUUCACAAUCAGUAUAUUCAUUCACAUGAGAUGAGAGAAUGUUUGAGGUGUGAUGAACCAUGUGAUAUUAUAUAUUGCGCGCCUUUCUUUGUUUCAAGUUGUAGAUUUGAGUGUUA